AUGCCCCGCACAUAUGGCAAGAAGAAGCAGACGCGACUCUCCUUCGCCCCAAUAGGCUCCUCUCCCAUCCAGCAGAAUGAGCCCGCCUCGGACGGAGAGAGGGAUCGCCGGGCGACCCUCCGCUAUUCGCAUCCUUCCAAACCCACCAUUCUCUCCAGUCGCCCCAGGCAAGACACCGCUUCGCCUUCACCGUUUGACUCUAACAAAACGCCCGACCGUGCUGUUACACCAGAGCAGGAUAGUGAAAGUGACAUCGACAUGACUCGCAGCGCGCGCAAACGAUCUGCCCCGACGUCGCUGAAGCGAAAGAGAUCAGAAGAGGCUUCCGAAAGUGAGCCGUCUCUACAAGUCAUAUCAGACGACAGUGACGGCGAUGAAAUUGUCAACAGACCUCGCCGAAAGCUAAGGCGGGGCACUGUUUCUCAGCCUGUCGAAGAGAUCGAGGACGACGACGAUGAUGAUCUGCCGACUGCGCCUCGAACGCCGCGUCGUACCAGAGAUCAAGAUGACUUGGACAUCGAGGAGGACCUCCAAGCUCUGCAAGACUCAGUGGUGAAGGAAACUAGAACCAGAGGCCGUCUAGCAAACUCCGCCAGAGCCCAAAGACAGCAACAUUUGGAAGCUCUGCGUCGUCGGCGAGCAGGAAAGCCUGAAUCGGAGGAGGAGGAUUCCCAACUCGAGGCAGGAGAGAGCGGAGAUGAAGGCGAAGGCGAGGGCGAGGGCGAGGAGAACGAAAGCGCAGCGGAAAGUGAGCAGGCCGCUGCCGCCAUCAAGCCCCGAUCGCUUAGUAGAAACGACGACAGCGACGUCGAAUCAUCUAUUGCGGGCAAUGAUGAUUUAGACCGCUACGAGGAUGACUUCGUCCUGCAAGAUGAGGACGAUCUACUGGGUGCGCCCGGCGGUCUCGACGAAAUGCCAUUCGAGUUCACCCGUCACGCCUACAAGCAACUCAAAGAUUACUUCCAGGACGCGGUGGAAUGGAUGGUGCACAACAAGCUGAACCCAGCCUUUCCGCGCUCGAGUCCAGUCUACGAACUAGCCUUCAGCAAACUCGAGGACGAAGUCAAAGGCCGCACGGGAUCACAGCUGGUGUCGUCGGUGUGGACGGCCGAGUUCCGCCGCGCACUUCUGGCACGACCACACAUGGAAGUGACAUCCUAUCCGACCUUUGAUAACCAUCCGUGCGAUGCAUGCAAGCGCUCUGGUCACCCGGCGUCCUUUGACAUCAAGCUCUACGGCAAAGCCUACGCUUUGGACACCCUGGAACCGCUCGAGGAUGAGAACAGUGAUGAUGAUGACGACGACGAGGAGGAGCAGUCUGACAACGAACAAAGGGACAGCCGCGAAAGAGACCGAGACGGGCACGUCUUGCCGGACGAGAAUACGCGCUUCUACCUCGGACGACACUGCAAGACCAAAGCGAACCUGGCUCACACUCUAACCCACUGGCGCUUCCGUCUCAACGAGUGGGUGACCGACCACUUGCGCCUCAAGGGCUACCUGUCCGAUGCGCGCAUCCUCGAACGCAGCCACUGGAGCCACCGCAAACAAACCAAGUAUGCCAUCAAGGCAGUGGAGACGAUGGUCCAGGAGGGCGAGGUCAAGAAACUCUGGCGCGAUUUCCACAUCGAUCUGCGAACCGCCCGCGAAUCCAGUGUAUGUCCAACUAAAACAACCCUUGAAUACUAA